AAACAACGGCAUCUACAUAAGACACCCCUCGUUUCCUAUACAGUUUAAUACUUGCAAUACUCUGGAGUUAUGGUUGGAUCAUGUGCAUUCUGAGGCAUGAAGUUGACCGUGCAGAAAAUCGAGGCCUUCGUGCAUUUCUCCUGGUGCAUCAUUGUUGAACACUGCUCUCCGACCGAUCCACUCUUUCCUUUGUUGUUAUGCCGUGAUGUCCUUGUUUCUUUGGUUUUUUUUUUUUUUCCCAUUGCUUGGGAAACUGUACAGAUAUUUGCAUUCGCCAGCCGGCUUUUGGUUUCCGCAUUGAUUUGGUGCCCUUGGGUCUGGAGAUCUCUUGCACUCAUCUCGAAGACUUGGAUUCUUGUUCUUAGACCGCUUCACAGUCCUCAGAGACAUGCCAACUUCUGCCACUCUUUUGGGACUGUACAUCAUUUUCCUUUUAUCUCUGCUUUCUAGGUGUUUGAGGGGUGGUACAUUGCUUGAAGGCUUACCGGGUUUAAAGGCGUAUUCAUGGAAACGGUCUUGUAUGUACAUACAGUUUUGUGUUAUCUCUUUGAGAAGCUCUGUCACAGAGC